AUGAGCAAGCAGCACCCGGAGGAGUUCCUCAACUAUCUCCAGCAGGCCUGGAAGAGAGACAAGAUCUACGCGAAGGAGAACCCAGACUCCAUGUUCGACAUCAAGGCCAUACGCGUCCUCUGCCAGGAUGGAAAGUUCAGGCCCCUGGGGAACUCGUAUAUCCCGCUGCCCAAGCUGCAUUACCUCCGGAAUCGAUAUAUGCUAGAAGGAGAGCCCUUUCCGUUUCUCAGACUUGAUCCGCCAAUACGAUCUGAGGGGGGAUUUGGGCAGUGGAGGUGUCUCAGGGCGUUUGCCAAGUAUCAUGAUGAUCUAGACUUCUUUCUCGAGAUGUUGGUACGGAUACGACGAACGAAAGCGUCAACAGUUGAAUUUCCCCGUCGCAUUCUGGAACUCUACCUUCGGAUACAAGCAGAGUGUGAAGACUCCAAAGAUCCUGCAGCGAGUCAACAAAAAGUCAGGAACACGUUUGAGAAAGAGCAGCUAGUCUAUGUCCACCCAAUAUGGAGACCACUCAGCGAAUGCUUAUUGGAAGAUACAUGUGAGAUAUCCAGCACACUUUCAAAGUCACCAGUCUUCCCAGUCCCGUCAGAUUGGGAUGCCAGCAAGUCGGAGCUCGUGUCAUUACGAGAGUUUUACACACAGACGCUACGGCUUCAGAAUGCGAGCUAUCGGACGAUCGUCGAUGUCUUGGAGAAGCGCGACUUCGAUGCGGAACUCGACCCUGCGGACCUUUGGUUGACGGAUGAAUUGUAUCGGGCGUUGGAUAAGAUGAGACUGGAUCUCUCACCGGACGAUGCCGCUGAUCUCAAACUCGCGUUCGCUGAAAAAGCCAUCAUCGCCAUUGCGCCUGGUGAAGCUGUCACGUGGCUCAACGCCGCCGACUGUACAUGGUCACCGAAACUCGAGAGCCCCGAAAUCAACGACUUGAGCAGACACUACCCCGAGCUCCACGACUUCUUCGUCAACUUUCUCGACGUGAAACAGAACGACUCCGGUCUGAUCUUCGACACCCUCAUGAAUGUCUCAUCAUUGAGUCCCGAUUGUUCGCGCGAUAACACAGCCAGAGGUCUUCUCGUCGCCGUGAGUCAACGGAUACCUGAGUUCGGUCACAUCUUCGACAAAGAGCGGUUUGCAAGGAGUAACGUCUUCCCUGUUUCGACGGCGGAUGGCGUGUUGUUGUGUGCUUCGACGAUGGAGUUUUCAGUUGCCGAUCGACAGAACUUGAAAGAGGCUUUCACAGGGAAGUUGAAUCUAUUGGACUUUGACCCAAAGACUGUUUGGAUGCUUGACAACCUACUCGUCUGGGCUGGUCUCGACUCACGGUAUCUUUCAAGGCACGUUGAGGAUCAAGGUCCAGCCGACGAGAACUUCAAAUCAAUCGAACUCCCCUACGAGCUCUCCUCAAAAGCCGAUCAACUUCUCCGCAUCGCCGUUCACUUCAAAAGUCCCCGAACAUCCACACCAAAAGCAACAUCCUGGCUCCGCGAAACCCUCGAACACUCCGAAGUCCGCCUCGCAUCGGGCUUCCAAUCACAACUGAUCUACCGCUCCGGCAGCGCCUUCAUAACCGCCGUCAACCCCAUGGGCGGUCUCGACAUCAAAGACACAGUCGGCUUCACCGUGUACGCCGACGACGAGAAUUGGGAAAUCCUGAAACAGACAGUGCUCCCCCGUCGGCUGCUCGAGUGGAUCAUGACGGACCCGGAGACGAAUGUCACUGGCCCCGUGCCUGAACAGGCCGUCAGCCUUAUUUUGGAUGCGGAGGGCAUUGUGGAUUUGGAAUUGUUAGAAGCGUCGCCGUACUGGCGUGUAAACAGUGAACGUGUACCAGACACAACCAUCACCACAAAAUCCGACAAAUUACGACCCGCCAAGACCCUCGACGACGAAGACGAACCCUCACCAGCCUACACGCAGGGAGAAUCCUACCAUGCAAGAGAAGACCUAGCCGACAGCAAGGGCAGCCCAACACACAAUUUCGACACAGCUGAACCAGGCCUAACGACAAAGAUCAACUCGGCUGAACGAGGAAUGACGACCAAAGCAGGCGACCUAACGAAGGACACCAAACAAGACGCACUCCGCGAUAGACUCCCGAUAUCAAAACGUGGUUUAGAAAGACGACAUUCAGAGAAACAGACUUGGGAAGAGGAGUUUGUCGCGAAUGAAGCUACGCUGAUUGAUUUCUCAGGGGAAGAUAAUUGCUUACCAACUCAUUCUCGCAGCAAAUCAACAAUGCUUGGAUCGUUUCUUAUGAGUUGUCCUGGCGCCGCGGACAAUUUCCAAGGCGACAUGGACCGCUACCAGCAGAGCGUCGAGCACCAGAGUCCCGGCAUGCAGAAAGUCAUCCCCAGAGUCAAGGAGAACUUCGCCAAAGUGACGAAGGAUAUGAGCGUCUUUCUCACGAACAACCUUGCAAGAUAUGUUCGCUUUGAAAUUCGGAGUCUGAGCACAAGCGUUGUGGCGCACAUCACUCUUUGUUCAGUCUAUAGAGCGACCCUGUUGUCUUCGUAUUGGGGUGUGGAUUUCCCUGCUGACCAGUUCAUCUACCCUAGCAACGGGAGCGAAGAGCGACAGGAAAUUCUCUUCAUUGCAGCGUCUGUCCCUGGUAGUCACGGUAGAUUCGAAGCAGUGUCCGAAGUCAAGCCUGAAGCCGAGGACAGCAGCAUUCGAGACCUUGCCGAACUGAUGGAAAAGGAGCUUAAGUCGAUUCACAAGAGGGUCAAGGCGCUCAAAGCGGACAGGGAGCAGAUCGAGUUGGAUCGUGAGGAAGCCGAGGUCAAACUCGUUUCCUAUGAGUUGGUGGCCCGCGACGUCAAUACCGAUGAUGGUGAUGUCAAGGAUGAAGUGGACUGA